AUUACGCUGAGAUGGCGUGACUUCAUUGGCUAGUACCGUAAUGAAGUGCGUGGCGAGAGUAAACGCGUCCUUAUAAAAAGGCCAGAGUCGGGUCAAACUCCUAAAAGAUCCGAACAUCUCCGCGUCAUCGUUCAUCGUCGACAUCAGAAGGCGAUUCAGUUAGCUAAACAAGAGAAGAGAAGAGAAGAGAAGAGAAGGAUGGUGGGAAGUGGAGCUCCACAGAGAGGAAGUGCAGCUGCAGCAGCUAGCAUGCGUAGGAGGAAGCCUAGCGGAAGUGGAGGAGCCUCUGGUGGUGGCGGUGCUGCAGGAUCUAUGCUUCAGUUCUACACGGAUGACGCACCUGGUCUCAAGAUCUCCCCUAAUGUUGUCCUUGUCAUGAGCAUUGGUUUCAUUGCUUUCGUCGCUGUCCUUCAUGUCAUGGGCAAGCUCUACUUUGUCAAGUGAUGAGACUAGAGAGUUUAAGUACACCCAAGUGAUUGCUAGUGUCCAGAGUUAUUAGACAGUGGUUUCAACUCUUAUGUUUUCAAUUUUGUGAGAGACUAUCUAUAAAAAAAAGUUCCAGUUUCUUGA